UGCUGGACUACAUUUGUUGUGGAAGAACCAGAAAGACUGAGAAUGUAUUAGAGUGGAUUUAACUAUAAAUUCAGACUUUUAUAGUAUCGAUAAAAUACGUAAUGUGUUUUUGUUCUGGAUGGUUUUUUGUCUAAAAUGUGAGUUAUUUCCUUUUGUGGACUUUAACUCCUCAGACCAUCAUCAUGGCAACCAAGAGCCCAGCCCGCGUUGUGCUCAUGUUUGUUGGAUUGCUUACCUUUUUGGCUGCAAUCACCUUCAACUCUCUAUCAGGAUUUGGUGUUAAAUCAGGUGUUUUCAAGCAGAGUACAGAGGAUGUGACACUCAAGUAUACAACACCCAUAACUCCUGCUCAGUGGGCUCUGUUUGUCUGGGAUUUCAUAUAUAUUUGGAUUCUUUCUAUGUUUAUAUACUUUUUAGUGGGACUCUGUAGACGGACUGCUUAUGACUGGAUGUACACCACGCCUGCAGUGUUACCCUACGGAUUUCAUGUCUCUAUUAUCAUCAAUGUUUGCUUGAAUAUUACAUGGUUGUUUCUGUUUGACAGAGAGUUGUUGCUGCCAGGGCUGAUAACCUCAGCACUUAUGACAGUCACCGAUUACAUGAUCCUAUUCUUCUCCUGUCAUGGACUGAAGAUCUAUGGAGCCUGGUUGAACAAAUAUCGAAACGCAGACCUCUGGCUCAUCAGAAUAUUGGUGCAAAAUGGAGUAGCAGUAUAUGCAACCUGGGGGACUCUCUACACUCUACUGAACCUGACGAUAUACUUACAAUAUCAGACAGAUAAAUCGAGAUGUGACUGUGCACAAUUGUCACUGCUGCUGCUUCUGAUGAAGCUGUUAGCCUGGUUUCUGUUAGAGAACUUCUACCUUGACAAGCAUGUGCGUUAUAUUGUGACCAUUUACCCUGUGGUAAUCCUGUGGUUGACAGGCACCCUGAGCAAUUCUAGCUCUCCUGAUAGUCCCAUUUACAUCUUUGCAGCUUGGAUCCUAGCUAUUUCCUGCGCCAUGUUUGUGGCACGCAUUUCCCUGGUCACAUGGAGGCAUCACAAACGACCACUUUACAACACCAGUGCACCCACUAUGUCACCAGUAGAAAUAUCCUUGACACAAAGAAAACUCUUUCUAUAAUUAUUAGUUUUAUUCAUCAGAGGGGUUUUUUUUUCUGUGUAAAUAAUGUUAAAAUGUGAAAACUAAAACACUUGUGCAUUACUCAGCUCACAUAAAAAUUAAUCUACAGUUUUAUUAAACAAAUAAAAGAAAAAAUGGAAGUAAAAAGGAAGUCAUGAAUAUUUUUUGAAUUCAGUUUUUUUAAUCGUAGAACUAAUUAUGGGCUAAUAAAAUAAGAAUACUAAGAAAAGAUGAAAAACAAGGAAAGACAACAAAGAUUACAGAACAAUAAUAAAAAAAUUAAAUUAACCUUCGGGCAUUUCCCAGCACAAAAAUAUUUCCCCUUGUGUGAUUUACCUAAACAUUUGUAAAUCUACAUGAUAAACAUUUUAUUAAGAAAGUACACGUUAAGACAAUUGAACCUUUAAUAAGUCUUAUUCAAGGCUGAAACUAACAGUAUCUUUUUAAUAUAAUCAAUUCAUCUGUUAGUCCAUACAGUGAAUGUCAAAAAAUAGUGAAAAAUGGCCAUCA